CUCAAAAUUAAAGCCUAACCUUUCUUUCCCAACGCCACAGCAGCCUGUGCAAAUCACCGUUAUUUCUCCACUCCGGUGUCCGGUUGACCUCCAAGCAAUUUCUCAGGUGUGACCUCUCGGUGCUUCACAAAUAUUUCAUAUCUUUCAAUGAACCGUGAAAUUCUUGUUGAUAUUUGUCUUUCUUUCCAAUCUUUGCUGCAUAAACUGAUAAAUUCGAAGUCUCUCACUCUUUCUGCCUCAAAUUAUCCUUUUUUUUUAACGUUGGGCACGCAUAUUCGUCAAGCCCACUGCUACAUGGUCGUCCGUGCUCUGGAUUACGAUAACAUUCUUCUGAAUAGAUUUAUUUGUGUUCUCUCCUCCUUAGGGUUAUCCGACUAUGUGUAUUGCUCGGCUCUCCUUGCUCCCAGCCCGGAUAGGUACCUAUUCAACACAGCAAUUGACGCACUCGCUCGCCAUCCGCGUUCAACCAGACUUGCCGUUAACCUCCACAAUAGAGCCCGGAAGCUAGGUUUGAAACUCGAUACUUAUUCAAUCCCUUUUGUGUUGAAUGCCGUUGUGAUCGAUUGUGGAUUGAGAUUUACGGGCAGACAGAUUCACUGUGAGGCUGUUAAAGCAGGGCUGAGUUGUGACAUCCAUGUGGUGGUGUCGCUGGUCCGUAUGUACUCUGCAGGUAGGCUUGUCUCGGAUGCCCGAAAGGUGUUUGAUGAAAUGGUGCAACCGGAUACGGCCCUGUGGAAUGCUAUGAUGGCGGGCUACGCCAAGGUUGGUGAUAUGGAAGCUGCAAUGUCAUUGUUCGAGCACAUGUCCAGGAGAAAUAUUGUUUCUUGGACUACUAUUUUAGCUGGAUAUGCUCAAAGGAACCAGUCUCAUGAGGCUAUUUCUCUUUUCAGGAGAAUGAUGGCUGAUUCAAAUGGAGUCGAGCCUGACGAGGUAGCCAUGACGGCUGCCCUUUCGGCUUGUGCAGAUUUGGGUAACCUCGAGUUAGGGGAGUGGAUUCACAGUUACAUUGAGAGACAUCGAUUGCGAAAAACUAUACGUCUUAAUAAUGCUCUCAUUGAUAUGUAUGCUAAAUCAGGGAGCAUGAACAGGGCUAUACAACUUUUUGAGAGUAUGACAGAAAAAAAUGUGGUAACCUGGUCAACUAUGAUUUCUGGUUUGGCUACCAAUGGCCUUGGAAGUGAAGCUCUUGACCUGUUUUCUCAAAUGGAAGGGGCUGGAAUUAGGCCCAAUGACGUGACUUUAAUCGCUGUGCUUUCUGCCUGCAGCCAUGCUGGUUACGUUGAAUUGGGUUACUGGUACUUCCAUACAAUGGAAGAGAGGCAUGGAAUUAGACCCAGCAUUAAGCACUAUGGCUGUGCCAUUGAUCUUUUAGGACGUGCUGGUCGUCUUCAAGAGGCUGAAAACCUCUGUCAAAGAAUGCCCUUUGAAGCAAAUGCAGCUAUUUGGGGAUCACUUCUUGCUGCAUCUAGGAACCAAGGCAAUAUUGGACUUGGGGAGCGAGCUCUAAAACAUCUACUUAAGGUAGAGCCCAAUCACAGUGGGAAUUAUUCACUUCUAUCUGGCUUAUACGCUUCUCAUAGUAGGUGGGCUGAAGCUAGAGAAACACGGGUACUCAUGAGGGAUAUAGGUGUUAAAAAGAAUCCAGGCCAGAGCUUGAUUCAGGUAGACAAUAGAGCUUAUGUCUUCAAUUCUGAGGAUGGAUUUCACCCUCAGCUUGAGGGAAUUUAUACAACUCUGCUACAGUUAAAUGGAGAAAUGAAGAUGCCAAGGCAUACCAUCAGGGACUAUUGGGAUCUGCUUGAUUAUGAGCUCAUAUAACGUGAUAUCCUCCUCCUAGAAUGUGAAAGAAAUCAGAGACAGCCCAUUGUAAAACACGGUCGAUUGAGUGUACGUACUACACUACUACGUGGUUCCACUUAUUUGGUGAGCACUGUCUACAUCCUACAAUUAUAGAUGUGGAGUUUGAAAUUAAUACGGAGUAUGGAGUAAUUAAUAUCGCAAAUAGGGAAAGGUCACAUCCAAAGAAAUUGUUUCACAAAAU